CCCGCGCGAGGGAAGCCGUGCACAAGUCUUUUGCGGGCCGCUCGGUGCGUCGGCUUGAGGCCCGGGCUGAGGCUCGCCAACCAGGGUGAUUCUGUGGGUACAGCGAGGCGUUUCGUCCAAAUUGGCGGGGAGAUGGGGGCGAGAAAGGCAGGAGGAAAUGGUAUAGCUAGAAUGCGGGGGUGAUCGCCCGCCGCGCGCUGGUCGGUGGCUGCUGCUUGUGAGAACCUCUCCGUGACCUCUUCUGUUUUAAACAUCUCACAAAGAAGUCUUGAAGAUACUGACUUCCAGCAGUACUUUACUACCUAUGCGGAUGUCACCAGCAUUUCCUAUGUUAACAAUUUUGAGUAUGUUUUACUAUAUUUGCCUUCGGCGCCGAGCCAGGACAGCUACAAGGGGAGAACUGAUGAACAAUCGAAGAGCCAUUGAAUCAAAUAGAACCCUCCCUAUCAAUGUUGAAUUGGUCCAGUAUGCCAAAGAAGUGUUGGACUUUAGUUCCCAUUAUGGCAGUGAAAACAGCAUGUCAUAUACUAUGUGGAAUUUAGCUGGAACUCCUAAUGUGUAUCCUAGCUCAGGUGACUUUACACAAACUGCUGUGUUUAGGACCUAUGGAAAAUGGUGGGAUAUGUGCCCUAGUGCACGAAUACCAUUUACAAGGACACCACCCAGUUUCCAAAGUCAGGACUAUGUAGAACUUGCUUUUGAGGAACAAGUAUAUCCUACAGCCAUACACAUUUUGGAAACGUAUCAUCCUGGUGCUGUGGUUAGGAUUUUGGCAUGUUCUGCAAGUCCUUAUUCUCAAAAUCUGCCAAGUGAAGUAAGGUGGGAAAUCCUUUGGUCAGAGCUACCUUCCAAGGUGAAUUUGCCUCAGGCACGUCAGUUUACACCUAAUAUCAAACAGAUAAAUUUUCCUACAAAUUUAAUUCGUUUGGAAAUAAACAGUUCCCUUCUGGAUUAUUAUACUGAGUUGGAUGCUGUAGUGCUCCAUGGUUUAAGAGAGAGACCUGUACAUUCACUCAGUGCUCCAGUUAUUGAUAUGAGUGAUCUGGAUGACGAUGAAGAAGGGGAGAGAGAAAGUUACAGCAGCAUGGACAGUCUCAACGAGCAGUUCAGUGCUGCUGCUUUCAAAGAGUGGACAACUAAUGGAUACUUUGAUAAAUUGCCUUAUGAGCUCAUCCAGUUGAUUUUGAGUCACCUUACAGUCCCAGAUCUGUGUAGACUAUCACAGACAUGUAAGCUACUAUAUCAGCAUUGUUGUGAUCCACUACAAUAUAUUCAUCUCAGUUUGCAACCAUACUGGGCAAGGCUUAAUGACACAGCUUUAGAAUACCUACAGUCUCGUUGUAUCCUGGUCCAGUGGCUUAAUUUAUCUUGGACUGGGAACAGAGGAACCAUUUCAUUUUCUGCUUUUAGCAGGUUCCUGAAAGUGUGUGGUUCAGAACUAGUGCGCCUGGAAUUAUCCUGUGGCCAUUUCCUCAAUGAGGCUUGUUUGGAGGUUAUUGCUGACACAUGUUUAAAUCUGCAGGAAUUAAAUCUCUCCUCCUGUGAUAAACUACCACCUCAGGCUUUCAACCACAUUGCCAAAUUGUUCAACCUUACACGUUUAAUUCUUUAUCGAACAAAAAUAGAGCAAACAGCACUGCUCAGCAUUCUGAACUUCUGUUCAGAACUUCAGCACCUCAGCCUGGGGAGCUGUGUGAUGAUUGAGGACUAUGACACAAUAGCUAGUAUGAUGGGAGCGAAAUGCAAAAAACUUCGAACACUGGAUUUAUGGCGAUGUAAAAACAUUUCUGAAAAUGGAAUAGCAGAACUGGCUGCUGGCUGUCCACGGUUGGAGGAGCUUGACCUUGGCUGGUGCCCGACUCUUCAGAGCAGCACAGGCUGCUUUGCAAAACUUGCCCGUAAACUCCCCAAUUUGCAAAAGCUCUUUCUGACAGCCAACCGGUCUGUGUGUGACUCUGACAUAGAGGAACUUGCUGCAAAUUGUACUAAUCUUCGGCAGCUUGAUAUUUUGGGCACAAGAAUGGUAAGCCCUGCUUCUUUAAGAAAAUUGCUGGAGUCUUGUAAAGAAUUGUCCUUACUUGAUGUGUCCUUCUGUUCACAAAUUGAUAACCGAGUUGUCCUAGAACUGAAUGCCAACUUUCCUAAUGUGCUCAUCAAGAAGAGCUUCACUCAGUGACUCAAUUCAUAUGCUGCUAUAUAGAACUGAUUUGAUAAUUCUGCUUCCUGUGAAUUUGUAAUUAUUUUUUCAAAGAGAAAAUAUAUUUUUUCUGAGGCAUGGGGAAAAGGUUAAUUCAUAAUAUGAAGGUAAAGUGUGAAAUCAAAGAUUUAAAUAAUGGUCAACCAUUAUUCCUGAUACUAGACUUGGCAAAUGAUUAAAGUGUAAAGCAUCUUGUAAAUGGAAGAGCAUAUACGUGUAAAUGUUUAUUAAGCAUUUAAUCUUACUAGGAUAUUAGUAUUAAAAUAAUACAGUUGAGAAGUGGAAGAUAAAAUCAUUUUAAGUUUUGACAUUCAUUUUUAAGAUGCAAAUGUGCUUUGGAAGAAUUUAGAACAUGAAUGUCUUGAAGUAUGAAAUCUAUUUUAUUCAAAUAGUUUCAUAAAUCCAUUCAGACUGGUAUUUGUAGUGAGAGCCUUGGCAUUUCUAGUAUAUGCAGUAUAAUUAGUUGAUUAUCUUGGAAUUUAUUUACCAUAUAAUAUUUUAUUUAUAUAUUUAUUUUUAAGUGGCUGUUUCACUAGACUGAAGAGAACAGCCCAAAAGUUCCCUGACAGUCUCUCAAGGAGCUGAGAAUUUCUCCCCAAAUUUCAUUUGGGGGGCUUCUUUUGGUAGCAAGGAAAUUCUUACUACAGUGAUAUCCUAUCUUGUCUUUUCUGUUAUGAUAUAAUCAGUCAUGAAGCAGGAGGAAGAAGAGUAGUGUGCCUUUUGGAGUGUUUCUCUUUACUCACUAUUUGAAUUCCAGUACAAGGUACAACAUUAAGGGGUGUCAUUAUUGUGGAAUAUUAGCAAGUGUGUUUAGAAUUGAGAGUUUAGAACUGCAUUAAUAUGAUAAGGAUUGCCAACUUUAAUCCAAUAAUCAUUUGUGCAGAAAAAAAUGGAUUCCCAAAUUGAUUAGUAGUCUGAAAACAUAUUUAAAGCAGUGUCUUUACUUAUACAGCAAUUUGGUUGGAACUCUUUGUUACACAUAAAAUGAAAUAUCCAAAUUAUCGGUAUUAUAACUUAUAUCUUUUUUUCUUUCUGUCUCUUUAAUCGUAUUAAUCGUAUUCAUAUAAUAAUUGUUUGAGCUUUGUCUAAAAUAACUCAGAUAUUUGAGUUGUGUUCAAUUGUGUCCAUUUUCUUCCAGAGUUAUAUUUCUAGUGGGAUGGACUUCUCUUUCCAUGAUCUCCAAACCUCUCCAGAGGGUUGGGAGAUUCUCAUGGACUGUUUGUGGAUUUAGGAGGGAGGAAAGAAGGGAAGCCAACUUGGCCAAGUAAAUGUUCAUUUGUGUAACACUGAAUGUAGUCUUUUAAUUUUUUAUCCGUAGUGCUAGCACUGAACCUUACAAUUCACUAGUGGACAGACCACCAGUUUUGAUCAGUGAUCAGGAGCACAUAACAGAUCCUCUUACAAUGCAUACUUUGAUUUUAAAGCAUGCUGGAAACUAAUUUCUGUUCUUUCCAAUUCAGAUUAUUAAGUCAGCUCUUGUAGAAACAAACAUUUCACUAAUCUUUGGGAAAUCCACUGCAGUUCAAAAAUAUUACUCUUGUAGCUUUCAUUUUCCCCAGCUCAAUGAAGUCACCCAGAAACAUCUGAAAAAUAGAAUGUAGUUUUUUGGCAGUAGUGGUUGCUUCUGAUCAAACCUAGAAUUUAAGCAUGAGGCUAUUGCCAACCUUCCUCACUGCUGCCACCUCUUCUCUCUCCCAUCUCAAGUUAAGUUUUGGCCAGUGAUGACAGAAAAACGUUUCUGAGAAAGCUUCUUUUUUUUCCUGAGAAAACUAAUCAUGAAGCAAGCCAAGGAAAAUCACGAUUACAUUGUCAGUCCUAUUUCUGAAAUACUUGUUUUCAUAUGAACUACCAUGAUACUAUUGAUUUAGAUUCUAUGUCAGAAUCUCUAGAUGGUUUUAUUCCUUUCAUUUCUCUGGGACUUAAACAUGUAUAAUUAUUUUUGCAUUGUAUUUGCACUCUAUUGAUGCUACUUCAGAGCCAACAGUAAAGCAGGCAGUAAGUAUUUCUUCACGAAUGUAUUUUCAUUCUUAAGAAAGAUGCUUGUGUGCUGAAUACAGUAUUCAACAAAAAUCUUAAGAUCAGUAAGGAGGGUUUCCUGAAUAAAAAGGGAUCCAAAGUAUUAAUGUGCAGUUCUCUGAAAAAGUACUUGCCUCUUUUCAGGUUUUCUGAAUUUUUACGUAUCUUUGCAAUGAAUUUUAUCAAAGCUUCAUGUGGAGCCUGCUAACAGAAAAGGAAUCUGAAUGAAUAAAUAACAAUAAGGUUUAGUACUUGUGUCAUUUAUUAAUUAAGCAAAGUGAUCCAGUCUUUGCCUCUUUAGAUUCAGUCGCUACAUGCAACAUCUUUAGCUGUAAUAAACUGAACACUUGAUUCAUCUCUCACAUUACUUUGUAAGAAUUUUGAUCCAUUCUUUCAUGGUGAAUUACUUCAGGAUUUGAGGGCCCUCUAGCAUGAAUUGCUAAGUUCAAGUCAUGUCACAAUAUUUAUAUGGGGUUUAGGCCUGGAUUUUGACUUGCCCGUUCUAAAACAUUGAAUUUGUUCUUCAUUCAGUUUUAGACUUUUUCUUGUAGACUUUGGUGUUUGAUUGAAGUAAUUAUAAUGCUGUAUAAUUCAUUUUUGCUUCAGCUGAUGGACGGAAGACCUGAUAUUCUAUUGUAGAAUUCUCUGAUAGAAAACAGAAUUUAUACUUUCUUCAGUGAGAGCAAGAUAUUUAGAUCCCCAACCAUGACACUUACAUCUCCUUGCUUAACAGUUGGUAUGCCAUUCUUAUACAUAAUAACACCCAUAUAGCUCCAAAAGUUCCAUUUUAAACUAAUAUUUCCUUCGAAUGUUCUUCUAGAAGUCUGGAGAUUUAUUUAGGUGCUUUUUAGCAAAUGUGAAAUUGCCUUUUUAGCAAACUUGAGACUGUGUUCUUCUUAGUUAGCCAUGGCUCCUCUCCUGCUAUUCUCAUUUGAAUCUCAUUUUUGCCCACUAUUUUUCUGAUCCUGAAUGAUGAACCCUGGCUUCGGCCAAAGUAAGAGAGGUCUGCAGAUCCCUGGAUAUUUUUCCAUGGCUCUUUGUAACUUUUUUGGAUUGUUUUAUUCUAUCCUAUUGGAGUGAUUUUGACAGAUGGCCAUUCUUGAGAAGAUGUAACUGUUUCAAACUGGGUCUGGAUUGGUGGAGCCUGAGAGCAUUAGAAAUGGUUUUAUAACCUUUUGCGGCUGAUAGGAAUCAAUGAUUUUUUACAGUGGUCUUCAAAAAAUUUUUUAGUAUGGCAUAAUGUGCAUCUGGGAUCUUUGUGGUGAGAACUCCACUAUAAAGAGGGUGGCCAGGGUUCAUGGCAAAUUCUGAUUGUUUAAUAUACUUACAACUGGCCUUAGUUAUCCCUUUAAUUAAAUCAAGUGAAGCAAUUAAGUCAAUUGCUUUUUCCCAUCGUAAGUUGGAUGAUUUGUUUUAAUGAAAUAAAGAAUUACCUAACUUUCCUAAUUUUUGUUCACUCAAAUUCCCUUCAUGUAUCAGAAGGACACAUGUGAAGCUCUGAGAACGUUCAGGGGCAAAGAUGCAAAAAUUCAGAAAAUCCAAAAGGGGGCAUUUUUUUUUAACAGAACUGUAAAGUAUCAGUUGGAUUUUUUUUCUUGAAACACUUAAUGAAACAUUCAGAAAACAGAAAAUCUGUUUUACUUUAAUGUACAUUUUCAAAAUUUUUCAUUCUGCAGAAAAUUCAAGAUCUGAAAGGAGAAUAUGUGUUAAUCUAUACAUCCUGACAGUGAUGCUGCCCUAGAGAGUCAGUCCAGUUUCUUUCAUUCAGUUAUUUCUGUGAAUUGGAGAUAAUAUAGGAUGGUUAGUGAAAAGGGAUUUUUCCCCUGGAGGUCAGGUAUUAGGGUACAUGACUGUAUUUAUUUGGGUUUAGACAAUUAUUACUGACAACUAAAAGGUAUACAGUGAUUGCUGGAACUUUUUUCUCCAUUGUGGCAGUGACAACUGGCAAUAUUCAUGCACUAUCCUGUUCAAUUUAAGAUUCUUCCAUAUUUUUGUUUAUUAGCCUAUGUGAUCACAUAGAUAAAAUAAAGUGUGUUUGUGUCAUUCAGUUGUUAAAAGGUUUAAAUCUGGACUUUCUAUUUUGCUGACAGCCCCUAAACGUGCUUUUUUUGUUUUGCAUUUUAAAAUAUAUUUUGAAAUAUGAAUUCAGUACAAUUAAGGAUUAUAUUUAUACAUAACAUAUUUAUACUGUAACAUGAGAUGACUGCUCAUUUGGAUUGUGCAUAUUUACAAAUAUUAAUAUUUUAAAACUUCUAUGUUGCUCAUGGUGAGCAUGUUUGAUUUUUAAACAAACAUAUGGAUAUAUGUAACUGUAAAAUAAUACUAAGACAAUAGUGAUUAAAAGUUGUGCCUUCCAUUUUUAUAACCAACAGAAUGUAGAAGGAUUCUUAAGUGGAGAGUAACUGUCACUGAAAUCAGUGAAAAAAAAUGUUUUAUUUAGGAUACAACUAUCUCUGUUUAUAUCCCAAAGUUACUGUGCUUCAUAAAAACUAGACUAGAGCCAUAAUGUUUGUCCAAAAAUGAAUUAAACUCUGUCAAGAUUGUAUGUUUGCUGUUCAUUAUCCUGAAUACUGAUAAAAUACUCUGUGCUGUUACCACUCAAA